UGAUCACUAAUUCACUGUCCCCACCACACUUUCAUGUGAGUUCCUCUUCAGAGUUCUAUUAAUCUCCAUUACAUCGCUCUGAAGAUCGUUGAUCGGACUGGUACUGCUCUUCUCUGUUCUUCGCUUACUGAUUUCUUCUAAUGAGGUAGCUGUGAUUUUGCGGUUGCCGAUGAGGGGUUUAUCGAUAUCUGCUUCGAUUUCGCUUCUGUUUUUGGUGGAUUUUGCCGCGUUCUUCUUGGUUUUGGCUUUAUCUCACGAUUUGGUGCCUAAAGAUUCUGGAAAAUUCGUCUUAGGACAAGAAAACUUGGGUCCUUGGAAGAAUGAGAUAUUGGAGACUGCUGAAGCUCCAGGAUCUGCAAAUAACGACUCUCAAGGCCCUCUUCUAUUGGCAGCAAAUAGAACGAAGCGUCCGGAUAUUCUUCAUGGGUUUAGGGUGUAUGAAGGUGGCUGGGACAUUGCCAAUCGGGAUUACUGGGCUUCUGUUGCAUUUACUGGUGCCACUGGUUUCAUUCUUUCCAUCCUCUGGUUCAUUUCCUUUGGCAUUGCUCUUUUUAUUCAUCUUUGCUGUGGAUGGAAGUUAAACAUUAAAGGUGAAGAAUCGAAGACUUCACAGCGGAUUUGCCUCGCGUUACUUGUAGUUUUAACAUGUGCUGCCACCAUUGGUUGUAUACUUCUAUGUAUUGGACAGAAUGAUUUUUACAAUGAAGGUUUGCAUACUUUGAAGUAUGUUGUAAACCAGUCAGACUAUACUGUGGAUACGCUUAAAAACGUUACAGAAUAUCUCUCACUCGCAAAGACCAUUAGCGUGGCCGAGGUGUUUCUUCCGAUUGAUGUAAUCAACGACAUUGACGAGUUAAACGUGGAUUUAAAUACCGCUGCAGAUACAGUGGCAGAGAAGACGAGUAUAAAUUCUCAUAAAAUAACAAGAGUUUUCAUUGCUAUGCGUUCAGCAUUAAUUACCGUUGCUGCGCUCAUGCUUCUUCUGGCUCUCGUCGGUCUUUUCCUGUCGUUCUUUGGAUAUCAACAUGCAAUGUAUAUAUUAAUACUCAGUGGUUGGCUACUUGUGACAAUUACAUUUGUUCUUUAUGGAUUGUUUGUAAUCCUUGACAGUGCAGUUUCUGAUACUUGUAUGGCAAUGGAAGAAUGGGUGGAUAAUCCUCAUGCAGAAACAGCUCUUAGCAAUAUCCUUCCUUGUGUUGAUCAUAAAACAACAAACCGGACGCUAAUCCAAAGUAAAAAGAUUGUAAACGACAUUGUGAGCGUUGUCGAUCAAUUUGUGUACAACUUCGCCAAUGCAAAUCCUCCCCCAGGACUUCCCAACUACUGCAACCAGUCUGGACCUCCAAUGCCAGCUCUCUGUUACCCAUAUAACUCUCAGCUGGAAGAAAGUAGAUGUGGCGAUAACGACGUGACUAUCGACAAUGCAUCAACAGUUUGGCAGAAAUUUGUGUGCCAAGUAUCGGAAUCGAAACUGUGCACCACGGUUGGGAGAGUCACACCGGACAUCUAUUCCCAGAUGGUGGCUGCAGUGAAUGAGAGUUAUGCACUUCAGCAUUACACUCCCCCUUUGCUUAGCCUCCAGAACUGCAAUUUCGUUAGGGAAACGUUUCACAACAUCACCACAGGUUACUGUCCUCAUCUGCACCAUCAUCUCAAGAUUGUGAAUGUUGGACUUGCAAUGAUCUCUGUUGGAGUAUUGCUCUGUCUCUUGCUAUGGAUACUAUAUGCAAACCACCUCCAAAGGAGGAGUGAUGUGUCUGCAAAGAUAUCGUUGUCGAUAAACCGAUGGAGAAAUACGAGCCAAAAUUUGAGUAAUUCUGGUGGAAACGACGAAUCCAGCAACAUCAAGCAUCAGAAGAGGAGCUUAGAGAGGUAGAGAAAGGAAAAAAUAGAUAGCAGGUUGGAAGCUUAAGUUUCCUCCUGGAAUGGUAGAGUGAGUAGCUAUAUGCACAUGUAGUAUAUAUACCCCUUUCAAGGGAUGAAACCAAGGUGGGGCGAAGCGCCAUUUUGGGUGGAAAUAUAAUGAAUUAUGAUCCAAUAUUUUAAAAUUGUGUACCGAAAGCACUUUG